UUUGUACAGCUUGCUCAGGGGAUUUCCCUGCAGAUCUGCAGAGAGAUUGACAAUGAUUGUGCAUGUGAUUGUGAAUUCAAAAAUGUUUGAAAACUGAACAAAAGGCAAACACUGUGCAUCUGCAAACAGAUAGUUCCCUAGCCCUUUGCUGUUCAAGUAGUUUUCUGGAAGUGGAAAGAUGAGUGCCCAUAUACCAACACCUGUGAGCGUGCUGGACUGCUCUCAAGCGUUCGAGUUGCUCCAUGAUUCAGAAAAACUAUACGCGCAUUACGUUGCCGAGGCAAGCUUCAAUGGCGGCUUGAUCGUGCUACUUCAGACGUCCCCCGAGUCACCACUAGUUUUUGUCUUGUUGAGGAAAUUGUUUUCCGUUGAGAGCCAGGCAAGCCUGAAAGCGUCGUGUACAGAAGGUGAUGAUGGAGUUUCCACUGGAGAUUUUGAGCUGUUUCUUGAAUAUGCAGCUGUGUUCUUCAGUAACAUGGGUAACUACAAGUCAUUUGGCGACUCCAAGAUCGUGCCGGACAUAACAGAGGAUAAAUUCUGGCUUAUAAUCUCGAAGAGUAAGGCGUUUGCCCAGGACAAGGAUGAAGUCCAGCGUCUGUGGGACGCAUGUCACUGCGCCAUUUUCGACAUGUCGCCACGCCGGCGACAGCUGGGUCUUGGUGAUAAGGGCUUGACUACUUACUAUUCAUCAAAUUGUGCUACAUCUGACGCUGAGCUGAUCCAGACCUUUAUGCAAUCUGAGGACCUCAGUCCGUACAACACUCGCGUUUUCAAGACUGUAGAUGGUGCCUCAAAGGUCACCUAUGAACUUCGUUUAGCAUCAGCUGUCACUUCAGGUGAGCAAGCUGGUCCUGAUGAUGAUAUGCAUGCCAAGCUGAAGUCCUAUGAGUACAAUGGUGUGCAGAUCAACGUGGUACGCGGUGACUAUGCACCGCUCAUGCAGCGCGUCGUCGACAGCUUGACAAAGGCCAAGGAGUAUGCAGCCAAUGAGAACGAGGUGCUGGCGCUUACGGGCUACAUCAACAGCUUCCAGUGUGGCUCCAUCCCAUGGCAUAAGCAAGGGUCACGGUCUUGGAUUGCCGACAAGGGUCCAGUGGUGGAAAGCUACAUCGGGUUCAUCGAGAGCUAUCGUGAUCCAUUUGGAGUGCGAGGAGAGUUUGAAGGUUUCGUGGCUGUUGUAGACAAGGCCAAAAGUGCACAGUUUGGCCAGCUUGUCGAAAUGGCACCGCAGCUCUUGCCAAUGCUGCCUUGGCCAGCCACAUUCGAGAAGGACACUUUCUUGCGGCCAGACUUCACCUCGCUGGAUGUACUGGCAUUCGGUGGUAGUGGAAUACCAGCUGGUAUCAACAUACCCAACUAUGAUGACAUUCGCCAGUCGGAAGGAUUCAAGAAUGUUUCUCUUGGUAACGUGCUGUCUGCCCGCACUGCAGACGGCAAGAUCACGUUUGUUCAUGAUGAUGAUCAAGAGCUCGUCAAGGCUCUCAAGGCACCAUCUUUUGAUGUUCAAGUUGGUCUGCAUGAGCUGCUUGGCCACGGCAGUGGUAAACACUUCCAGAAGGAUGCGGAGGGCAAGUUUAACUUCGACAUUGACAGUGUUAUUGAUCCCUUGACCAAUGAGAAGGUCAAGACGUGGUAUGGGCCUUUGGAUACGUGGGACACCAAGUUCUCGACAAUGUCGUCUUCGUACGAGGAGUGCCGUGCUGAGUGCGUGGGCAUUUACUUGUGUCUGGAUAAGGACAUUCUGAAGAUCUUUGGACACGAAGGCAGGGCUGCCAGUGAUAUUCUGUAUGUGAACUGGCUGCUCAUGGUGCGUGCUGGCCUUUGCGCACUGGAAGUCUACACUCCCGAGACAGAGUCAUGGCGACAGGCUCACAUGCAGGCUCGCCAUGCCAUUCUGAGAGUGCUGCUGGAAGCUCACCCGGACAUAGUGCGUAUCGAGAAGGUCACGGGGGAGGAUGGCAAGCCGGAUGUCGUCGUUCGUUUGGACCGCUCUCUCAUCUACUUGCUGGGAAAGCCUGCCAUUGCUGCCUUCUUGCAAAAGCUGCAGGUGUACAAGUCCACAGCGGAUGUGGAUGCUGCACGCGGCAUGUACAACCACUACACUGGAUUCCCCAGUGAGGUUCAGCAGUUCUGGUACGAAAUCCGCAACAUUGUCCUGGCCAGGAAGAAGCCAAGGCAGGUAUUUGUCCAAGCACAUACCACCGCCGAGGACAAUGGUACCGUGAAACUGCAGAACUUUGAGCCGACUACCGCGGGAAUGGUGGAGUCGUGGGUGUCACGGUUCCCCGACGCCUGUGCCACCGAGUUGCUCGCCCUGGCGAAAACUGACGAGCAGCACUGGAAGAACUUUUGAGGCAUGUGCCUGCUUGUGAAUCUGACAAUGAUAUUGAAGUAGUUGUGAGCUUGUGCAACCAUAGCACCGCCUGGUGGUUUCUCUUCACAUUUACGUGUUUAGGGCGUUGGGUGCGGUAGUGCACAAACUGACCAUUCAAAUGCCCAGGCUUGCACAGGCUGCUGCUUUUUCUGUGUAUGAUCUGCUCUGGUUGAUACUCAUCUUCAGUUUUAGACACACGCUUUCUCUGCAUUCCUAAAUUUCCAGUUUUAAUAUCAACCGUUUUUAUGACAUUUUGCCACCCUGGUUUUUCAUGGAUUUAUUCUAUUUCCUAUUUCUGUUAGGAUCCUGUAGGACGACGCAUCACGCAGCUUCAUUAGUAAAAGUGGGUUGUGAAUGUGAGCCAGUGCUGCUCACAACCCACUUCUUUCCUAUUUCUUUGUUACUCUUUCUGUUAUACUGUUAAGUUAAAAAUGCUCUUGUCGGUACAUUACCUGAAGAGAAGGACAAAGUUCACUUGUGAAGAA